UUUGGUUGCUUGACGGCCGGACUCAGCGAAAAAUUUGAUUACUCAUUUUGUACGAAAACCUGUGAAACUUUUCAUCAAUUCUAUUUAUAUUAAAAGAAAUCUAUUCAAGAUGUUCCUUACACGUUCUGAGUACGACCGUGGUGUGAACACAUUCAGCCCCGAGGGAAGGCUGUUCCAAGUGGAAUAUGCCAUUGAAGCCAUCAAACUUGGUUCGACGGCGAUCGGUAUCUGUACGUCUGAAGGUGUAGUUCUGGCUGUUGAAAAGAGGAUUACAUCGCCUCUGAUGGAGCCUACUACUAUUGAGAAGAUUGUGGAGGUGGACAGACAUAUUGCUUGCGCUGUGUCUGGAUUGAUGGCUGAUUCUAGAACUCUAGUGGAGCGCGCCCGUGUGGAGUGUCAGAACCACUGGUUUGUGUACAAUGAGCGCAUGAGUGUGGAGUCUUGUGCUCAGGCUGUGUCCAACUUGGCUAUACAAUUUGGAGAUAGUGAUGAUGACAGUGGAACUGCUAUGUCCAGGCCUUUUGGCGUUGCUGUUAUGUUUGCAGGUAUUGAUGAGAAAGGUCCUCAGUUGUUCCACAUGGAUCCCAGUGGUACAUUUGUGCAGUAUGAUGCUAAGGCCAUCGGCUCUGGUAGUGAAGGCGCUCAGCAGAGCUUGAAGGAAGUCUACCACAAAUCCAUGACUCUCAAGGAAGCUAUCAAGUCAGCGCUCACGAUCCUCAAGCAAGUGAUGGAGGAGAAGCUGUCAGAGAACAAUGUGGAGGUGGUGACCAUGACUCCUGGAUCCAUGUUCCACAUGUUCACCCGGGAACAGCUGGCCGAGGUUAUCAAAGACAUACCUUAAGUAUUUGUAGUAAUUAGCCAUUUAUUUGUGUACCUAUAUUAUUUAGUUGUAGCUUUUUGAAAGCUGUUUAUGGCUGAAUUUCAUAACUGUCCUGAAACCAAAGUUUUUCUGUCAAUAAUCCAGAGAUUUUGGUCUAGAUCAGUAAUUAAUUUCAACCAUUAGUAAGUGAUGUAGUUACACAUGUAAAUGAGUAUCCGUCGCUUGAAUGUAAAUUGAAAAGUAAUAUUUGAAGUAAAUUGUAUUUAUUUUGAAAGCAGUUGUAGUUUUUUGUAUCGUAUUUUUCGUAAUAAUGUACUUUGAACCUCUUAUCUAAUUGAAUAAGGUCUACUUUGAUGGAAAUUGGAGUUUAGUGACAUUCCGUUAUUUUUUGGCAUUUAAGGUGUAAUGGAAAAUAAAAAAAAAUGUUUCUAAGUGGAUCUUAUUAGUAAAAUUGUAGUUACAGAUAAUAAAAUAUAGUAUCUGUUUAAUUGAUCGGUAUUUUGUCACAGGUUUUACAGUUUGAGAUAAAAAUCUUAACCCAAUAUGUCUUAUAUUAUGUAAUUUGGUAUUAAAAAAUGUAUUUAUUUAUAAGUACUUACUUAUGUAAAUGUAUAUAAUUUAUUUCAAAUAUAACUGCGGUGGCCGGAGAUGUUUUGAAUCUUACAGUAAGUAAAUCAAUAAAAACAUAAUCGAUUUUU